AUGCAUGUUUGGAGUCCUUGCGAUGUUGUGCCAGGAAUGCCAAGCGGCCGGUCUGGAAGGAUUCGAUCUCACUAUCUUUGGGGGGAUGCACCAUGGCCCUCGGCGGUCCUUCGCAAAAAACGGAUGGAUGCAGAAACUCGCUGCUUCCCUAGCUGUGUUAGCUCAAGCAUUGCUUGUGCCAGCGCUGCUCAGAGGCGUCUCGGGGAAUGCAACAGCCAUCGGCCGCCCUACGUCCCUGAGGCUGCAGAGGCAGGAAACCACAUUGCCUUGGCCAUGCCAGAGGAGAUCGAGCUGAAGCUGGUUUUCGCCAAUGACCACAACUCGGCGAACAUCAGUGUGUUAAACAACACCAGUGUGAAGGAGCUGAAGCGAAAAAUCGUGCAAGGGCACUGGCCCGAAAGCCCAAACCUCAUCCCAGCAGAACAAGUCGAGAGGAUACGGCUUUUUGCAGCAGGCAAAGAGCUCGGGGGCAAAGGCUCAGAGGACUCAAAGACUUUGAAAGAUGCCAACAUUCUGCUAAGCAAAGAUGGCCCGACUGCUGUUCACGUAAUGGCUGUCCAGGCCGGGGGCCCUGCAGUGGAGAGCGCUGACAACCCGGCGAAGGCCGCAUCACCGUGCUUUUGCACGCUGCUGUGA